UCUCAAUUCCCCUCACCCGAUACCCUCCUUUCAGCUCGAAUUUCAACACACCGCAAACAUGACGCGUGCCCAACAAACAAUCAGCAUUGCGCUGCUCCUGACCUCUCUCUACCUCGCCGUGUUCACGCAUCUUAUCCCUGUCCCCGAGAAGAUCCAGACGGAAAUCGUCCCUGUGAUCCCCUUCUGGGCACUCAUUUCUUUCGGCGCAUACCUCCUUUUCAAGCUCGGCUGGGGGGUCUUCACGUUCAACGAUGUACCUGAGGCGCACAAGGAGUUGAUGCAGCAGAUAUCGCAGGCAAGGGUGGAACUACAGGCCAUGGGCGUAGAUGUUGGUCAAGACUAGAUCGGAUAAUGGGAGAUGGAGGUAUAAUGGACAUUGCAUUGGGAACUAGAAGGCAUUCUAGGUGAAGGAUAUGGGUAGCAUGGUCAAUGCUAUUGCUGCGUUUGUGGUACUCAGUAAUCGACGUCCAAAUCGCACAGGCUUAGUUGCUUUGGCGAGUCUGAAACCGGCAAGACACUUGCAACUCUUCAGCUACAACGAUAUUUGCAUCUGAGUGCUGAGGGGUAUUCAAGUGCUACACCUCAAACCGUAGUCGCCUGCGCCGCCUUAUGUCGCUGUUUCAACUUCUUCUCCGUCUUCAUAAACUCUCUGAUGCCCACUGGCACAUCCUCAAAUAGAUCCCUUGUCUCUUCGCCCCAAUUCGUCUCACUCCCACCGCCAUCAUCAUCCAUGCUUACAGCAACAAGAUUCGGCGCGCCUUUUUCUGCCACUUCCUCGCCAUUCUUCCUCCUCGCUUGCAUUGCAACUCUCGCCUUCGUACUCUUCUCCGCCCAC